AUGGGAAAAGUUGUAAAGAAACAAAAAGUUAAAAAUGGAGUGAAAAACACCAAGAAAGAUAUAACGACGCAGGUGGAAAUAGAAAGAGAAGAUGAGAUCAAAGAUAAUGGCGAAGAAAGUGAAGAAAACAGUUCAGAAAACGAUUCACAAUCUAGUGAUGAAGAUGAGAUGAGCCAAGAUAGCGAUGUCUCAGGAGAUGCUGAUAGUGAAAAGGAAGAUGAAGAAGAUAGCGAACAAGAAGAAAGUGAAGAGGAAGAUGACGAUUUUCCAAUGAAACAGAAAAAAUCCAAGAAUCGUGAAGAUGGAUCAGAAUCUUUCGCUACUGCAUUAAAUAGCAUUAUAGGGUCAAAAUUAAAAGCUCACGAUAGACUGGCACCUAUAAUGGUAAGAAAUAAGAAAGUUUUGAAGAAAUUAGAAUCAGAUAAACUUGAAGCCAAAGCCAAAAGAGCUAUAUUAUCAGAAAAGAAACAAUUAUAUGAUAAAUUCAGAGUUAAGAAUUUAUUGGCAGCUGACACUGAAGAUUUGAAUAAAAUUAUGGAAAAUGAAAAAAAAUUGAAAAAGACUGCUCAAAGAGGUGUAGUGAAAUUAUUCAAUGCAAUUAUAUCCACUCAAGUUAAAACUACUGAAGCUUUAAAAACUGAAAAAGUUGGUGAAGUCAAAAAAGAAGAAUUAUUUAAUGAAAUGUCAAAAGAGAAAUUCUUGGAUUUAGUACAAUCUGCCGGAAAGUAA